AUGGGCCCCAGGCCACACUGGGCCCUGCCGUGCCCACGACCCUCCGCGUGUGUCCCCCGCAGGAGGCUGCACAAGAAGCUGGGUCAGCAGGCCUGGCUGGUGGCAGCCAUCACAGCCACGGAACUGCUCAUCGUGGUGAAGUAUGACCCGCACACACUCACGCUGUCCCUGCCCUUCUACAUCUCCCAGUGCUGGACCCUCGGCUCUGUGCUGGUGCUCACGUGGACCGUGUGGCGUUUCUUCCUACGGGACAUCACCCUGAGGUACAAGGAGACCCGCCGGCAGAAACAGCAGAGCCAUUGUGACCAGGGCACAGCUGUGGGCCACAUGCACGGGCCCCUUCCUGGGCCAGAAGACCCCGAGGUGACUGGGGCCGUGCCAGGGCAGGAGACGCUGGCUCCGAACUGAGAAUGCAGGCCUGCUGCCCCCUCAUCCUCCAGGGCACCCCCCAGGAGCCUCGCUCCCCUCACUCCUGCGCAUGGGGCAAGGCUUCUGUGGAUGGAGUGCACCCUGUGCCCUUGGUUCCGGAGGCUUCUCUCAGGCUGGCAGUCAUGCCUUGGGCUCCCCACAGAGGCCCACCCUCCCUUCUGCAGGUGAGCUGGUGCCUGGGCAGAGGCUCACGGUGCUGCCUGCUCCACUCCAUGGGCCCCAGGCCACACUGGGCCCUGCCGGCCCCCAUCGGCCUCCUAGACCAUGUAUGAGGGGUGAUCGCCCCAGGAUACUAGACAGCCAGAAGGAGCCCUCGCCUGACCCAACUGCUGGGGGUUGGAGGUGUCACUGACGGGCCUGAGGGGCAUUGAGACAGGAGCUGGAAAGCCUAGUGCUCCAGGUCAAGGAGGGGCUGCAGGAGCUCCAUGACCCAAGCUGAGGGUCACGUCCAUGAGCAAACAGAACAAAUAAAAGCAACCGAGGUCUGCA